AUGGCGGCUACUGAUAUUGCAGAAAAGAGGGAGGACGAGGGGGCCCCGCCUGCGGCCAGCGCAGCUCAGCCCGCAGAGCAACCGGCGGCCCAGGCAUUCGACUUCGGUGAAAGGAGAAAAAAGAAAAAAGAAAAAAAACCAGAAGACCAAGUGCUGAGGCUGCUUCUGAGGCCUUUGUGGACGGCUCCGGGCAGCUCUUCGUGCGGGGCCACGUUUACAGCUACGAAGAGAUUCAGAUGCUUAAACGCAUUCAAGAACUCAUUGUUAGGAACAACCCCGACUUGGCGGGCUCAAAACGCUACACCAUAA